AAGUCAGCAGGCCACACCCCUCAUGCCAGUGUGUGGCAGGACGGCGACGGGACAGAGCGGGAGCGAGAGGCUGGCGCAGACCCCUGAGGCAGCCCACGUUGUUCCCCACUGCCCCAGCAGCCCCGCAGUGCUGAGACAUUUCUGGCAACCUUACUCGUUCCUCACCCCUAUCCUUUUGUCCGCCAAGGAUGGAGGAGGAACGCACUGCACACAUGCAGUUUAUCCAGACCUUCCUGCAGAGCUCAGUGAAGGAGGAGGCUCAGAAGGUGCAAUUCCUGCACGCCGUCUCCAGCCUCUGCACAGCUGCCAGGGACCAGGGCUUCCUAGAGGAACUAAAGGAGUUCUGUGAGCAACAUCAGGUGGCAGAGAACAUCAAGGCGCUGGUGGAAGAGGAGCCCAUGGACCAUGUGCACACAGUGGUGCGGCAGCAAGCCAUGCUGACCCUCGCCCAGAUGAGCAAAGUGCAGAUGCUAUUGAAGCGCAAGAAGAAAAGCCUUUUAACAUCCUGUUUUAGGAAGGUCUUCUUGCUUCCCCCCAUCACUUCUAGGAAGGGCAAAGACAGCUUUCUCUACUUUCAGGUAAGUGCUGUUGGGCUGCCAGGAGCAUUCAGAGCUGCUCCCUGGCUGGCAAGUGCUGAACCACAACCAGCGAUCCACGGCACGAUAGGGUCUCGGCUUUACUAUCCCACCCUUGUCCCUUCAUCUCCUCCUUGUGGGCCUUGCCAUGCCCAGAGCCUCUGGACUGGCUCCUCUGCCCGCUGCAGCUUGUCUGCUCCAAGGUGUCCCUUGGCCACCCAGAGGUGGCAGGGGUGUCCUCCCCAUGGUGUGGGGGUUAGAUCCCUCCCCGGGGAGAGAAGGACUGCAGAAAGACUGACGUGACCUUCAUCCUCCUUGCAGACCCUGGAUGCCAUGGACGUCCUGCUGGAGAGCUUCGUGCUCAGCUCCCCGGGCUCCAGGGAUCUGCGGAGAAUCUUGCAGAUGCUGCUGCCCUUCACUGACAUCGAGCACGCAGCUGUGUGUGAACGGGCCGUGGCAAGGAUCGCAAAGCUGGCCGAUUUGAUGGCCAGCUCUUCCUCAGUGCAGGUCUGGAGCUUGCGUGGACAUGGCGACAGCUCUUCCCACCAUGCCAUUACCAAUGACCGCUUCCUGGGACAGCUGCUGGGAUGUCUCAUUGUUUGCUGCACUAGCAUGACCUGGAAGAUCCAUCAGGAGGCUUUGGAUGCUCUUCAGCACCUCUUCAGGUUCAUCCAGCAGCAAAAACGUAAGAGAAGCUAUGUUGGGCUGCAUCCCUC